CCCGCUUCCCUCAACCCUCGGGGUGUGCAUCGAGCUAGGCUUGCAAUCCUGAAUCUGAAACAGUUUGCAGGAAGCAUUCAUCAAUUAAACUCGUUCGUAAAACUUGCAUUUAGCUCCCUGCAUAAAUCAUAACAAUUGCAUCUGUGUCCUAAGUUGUGACUAGAUACCGGGUACCUAGGUACAUUGUUAGUGAAUCAUGGAGGAGCCACAACAGUAUGACGAUGAUCCUAUGCUGUCUAUGGUAGAAGAAGAGCCCUCUGAUUUUGGGUCCCCACCAUGGGAGGAAGAAAAGAAAACCUUUUUCUGGAUGGGUGGCGUAUUUCAGUGUUUUUCGAAUGUCGCGGCUAUGUUUCGAGGCGAUGAAUAUAAAGGAUCCCAAGAAAACUUGGAAGUCCCCAUCGAGAAGAUCACGGACCUCUUUUACUUGGGCUCUGGGGCUCAAGGAGUAGUAUUUGGGGCUCAUCUGGACGGGGAGAAAGUGGCUGUCAAACAGUUGCGCACUAAACAUGAGACUAACAUCCGGCAUUUGCUUAAGCUCAACCAUGAGAAUAUCGUGCGUUUUCGCGGCGUCUGCACGAAUCCGCCGCAUUACUGCAUCAUCAUGGAGUAUUGCCAAUACGGGCCGCUGUUCGAUUUCCUGCAUAGCAACACGUUGUUCAUGCCGAAGCAAUUGCUUAAAUGGGCUAAAGAGAUCGCCCGCGGCAUGGGCUACUUGCAUGCUCAUAAGAUUAUACAUCGGGAUCUGAAGAGCCCCAACAUACUCAUCUCCGAUAAUCUGGUGGUGAAAGUUAGCGACUUUGGCACGAGUCGCGAAUGGAAUGACGUCAGCGCUGUAAUGAGCUUCACUGGCACCGUUGCCUGGAUGGCUCCGGAAGUUAUACGCCACGAGCCAUGCUCAGAGAGGGUAGAUGUCUGGUCGUUUGGCGUCGUUAUGUGGGAGUUGCUUACUGCCGAGGUGCCAUACAAGAACUUGGAGACGCAUGCUAUAAUGUGGGGGGUGGGGACUAAUUCUAUUUCGCUGCCGAUCCCAUCUAACUGCCCGGCGAGCCUGCAACAGCUGCUGAAGCAAUGCUGGAAUCGUGUGCCACGCAAUCGGCCACCAUUCAAGAUCAUCGCCGCUCACCUAGAGAUGGCUGGAGGUGAACUCCGGUCAAUGGACACGGAGACGUUCAAGAACAUCCAAAAUGGAUGGCGCUCGGAGGUGCAUGAAUGCAUGGAGCAUCUCUAUGCUAGGAGCGCCAAGUCCUUCAGCCAAGAGAGCACGGACGUGGUGGCGCAGCGCCGCGAGGACCUCAAACAGGCUCGCGACCUCCGCUACGUGUACGAGCAGCAGGUGACCCGCGCUAACGAGCUGUUCCUCGAGGUCUGCGCUGUGCGCCUGCAGCUCGAACAGCGGGAGAAGACCAUUGCUGAGAAAGAGAACGCGCUGAACGACUGCCGCUGUGGCCACCGCGGCAUCAAGCUGUUCCAGCGGCAGACUUCCUCGUCCUCGGACACCAUGAAGGUACCAGUAGUUGACCAGCGCCGCCGCAAGAAGAAGCCCGAGGCCAUCCUGCCCGCGCAACUGGUCGUCCAAUACGACGAGAAGCGCGCCGACACCGUGACCAUGACCAUGGAUGACCACGCCAACUGCCCCUGCAACGAGCAGAGCCGCCACUUCGAGAACAACAACGCUAAAGACACGAUCAUUGAGAUGGAGGACAACGGUAACAUCGUGGUCAGGGACACCUCGACCUCCAACGAUUUCCUGAAUGACAACUACAUCCCGGAUGUGGCGCAGGUGUAAAGUGGACUGGUCGUAUUUCUUCUGUUUUUCGGUUGCGUUCUUAGUUUUAUAUUUUAUUUGCUUUUCGUUUAUGACCAGAAGAUUUACGCAUCGACGACGACGAGACAUAUGCAUUGAUUAUUUCUGUUUUGCGGAUUUUCGCAAAUUUGUUUAUGGUUUUUUUUUUGUGGGGCGAGAUUGAAAGGAAGGAUCUAUGGCGCGAAAGACUUAAACUGGGAUGAGAUAUAAAAUUGAAUUGGUUUUAAGUUUUAAACAAUCGUUAAACGUUUUUGUUUCAUGGACUAUAUUAUACAGCUAUUAAAAAUGUUAUAGCAAGCAUCAUCUCGACUCAUGCGCAGUCGGCUGCAUUUAUGUGAAAUUUACUAGAUGCGUUAUUUAGCCCAAAUGAUUGCAGGUUUAAAUAAUUUUGUCUUUAUUACACCAGAUGAAUAUGUAAUGUGAUGUUCACUUACACUGAGCAAUGAAUUACUAUAUAACUCACACAUACACCUACACAUUUUAGUGGUGAUGUACACUGAAAAGGGAAAGCAUGACCACAACUCAGGCACCACACCACUGGUAGUGACGGCCGGAUAAGUUGGCAUCAACAUAAAUAUUAUAUUAAUUAUUGCAGUUAUUCAGUGUUUUUAAAAAAUAUUAUUGAUGUUGUGUCAAAAUAAUAUUGUAGUAGUGCGUAGAGGCUAUUUAAAUAUUAUUCACUAGUCUAUUUAGUUGUAAGGUUUCAUGUAUUUGUAUUACAUUUUUCGUUUUCGAAUAUUGCAUACGAAAGUUUCGAUUUCCCAAAGGCGAUGUUUCAAAUAGGAUGUGCACGUUGCUCACUUAUAAUAAAAUGAUAGUUAUAAAUAAAGUAUACAUAUUAUUAAGAUACUCUGUUAUAAAUCCUUGCAGUUUCACUAUUUAUUAUGUACUAUAUUCCUCUGGUAUACAAAUUUAUUUCUGAAGGCAAUAUUUUUGCCGUAAGAAGAACUUACGUAUGCCGCCCGCAGGGCACCUUGUGGCGAGGUGUCGGGGAGUGGCGACCCCGCGGACCCGACCGCUCCAGGGGGAAGUGCCCUUUCCUCAUCUCCGGCGCUCGGAGUGAACACUGACGAGGAGAGGUCCCCCGCCUCUGGCUUGCCGCUUGGCCGGCCAGAGGGGAGUCGCAAGAGCUACCAUCAAGCUCGGGGGUGGCAGUGUUGGCGCAAUACGCGGGGAAACCCGAGCCACACUGCACCACCCUUAGCCAUUCAGCCCCCGCCCACCUCUAAGGGGCUAUCCACCGCCUUGGCGAGUCACCGUCUGCCAUUUUAUUUUGGACUUCGUUAUAUUUCCCAAAGUUUUUUUGUAAAAAAGCUUAUUUAGAUUCGAAAGGUAGACGCCAUAGCUUCUCGGAGAUUCUUUUACAUCCCCCUCCAUAGCCUUCAUAAUUUGACCAUGUUUACUGUUUCGUAUCGCUCAGUCUCUGCGUGGAGCCCGUUUCGCCGCCUAAGCCUUCCAAAAUACCGGGCAACUCUCUUUCGACAGUUACCCGAGUAAUUUGACAAAUAGAUGUAGCGUUAGGGUUAAGUCACAUGUGGUUUACAGAUUUGUAUGUUAUUCUUAGUGCUCAGGUAAUUAGGUAGUUGGUAUGUAUAUUAUGUAUAAUGUUAUUUCAGCUUCGACUUUGACUUCUAUGUCUGAUGUUACAUGGAAAUCAAAGUUUGACGUUUCUUAGGAUAGGCAUAGGGUAAGGUAAGGCAUAGUGCAUAGGUUGGUCUAGUAUUUUAUAAAUAGAUUUAGGUUAAAUAGCGUAUACGCCCUAUGGCGAUACUCCUAUGUGCCUUGUUAAUCGGCCGUUGCGUAUCGACGCGCCGAUCCAACAGCCGGCACUAGAGCAACAGUCAUGUCGACUAGUUGUGAUCUUUCAAUGUGGUCAAGUGAAUUCAUCAUUGAUCAGUUGUAUGAGAUCACCGUACAUUUCUAUAAAGUUCCAUACUCAGAACUUUGCUUUAUGUUUCUACGAAGUGUUACAGCUUUGUUUUAACGAGAUGUGAAAAGCGAUAUCACUUGAAAAAUCGCAAAAAGUUAGCUGCUGUCUAUCAGUUUCGUCAAUUGUUCUGUACAUUUCCUUGUGCGCGUACGCAUAUAUACCUAACUUGAUCUUACCUCGCGCGGUUGUAUGCAGCUCCGUCUUAUUUCUUUACUGGGUUCAGUAUUUUCAACAUUACGAUUGUAAUAGGCAAAUAAUAAAAAAAUAGAUAUAUGUAUUUUUAAUGACAAGUUCCUUUAUUUUAUAUGUAUAAUUAAACGGAAAGUACUGUUUUCUCAGUUGUCCAUAAUUUAUAAUUUCUUUUGUUAACUUUCAAUCAAUGUUUGAUCUUGCACAUGUAAGCCGUUGUAGAAAUCAAGUUAAGACCCGAACAUUUAAUUGUCCGGAAGCAGCACCUAACAUCUGUUUAUAUUAAAAUGGAAUGUGAAAGAAACUGGUGAAAGGGCAACCAUAUGUCCACGCAAAUGGAAGUUCUUUUCUGAACAGCUAUCGGACUGCCCGCAGGGCACCUUGUGGCCAGGUGUCGGGGAGUGGCGACCCCGCGGACCCGACCGCUCCAGGGGGAAGUGCCCUUUCCUCAUCUCCGGCGCUCGGAGUGAUCACUGACGAGGAGAGGUCCCCCGCCUCUGGCUUGCCGCUUGGCCGGCCAGAGGGGAGUCGCAAGAGCUACCAUCAAGCUCGGGGGUGGCAGUGUUGGCGCAAUACGCGGGGAAACCCGGGCCACACUGCACCACCCUUAGCCAUUCAGCCCCCGCCCACCUCUAAGGGGCUAUCCACCACCUUGGCGAGUCACCGUCUGCCAUUUUAUUUUGGACUUCGUUAUAUUUCCCAAAGUUUUUUUGUAAAAAAGCUUAUUUAGAUUCGAAAGGCAGACGCUAUAGCUUCUCGGAGAUUAUUUUACAUCCCCCUCCAAAGCCUUCAUAAUUUGACCAUGUUUACUGUUUCGUAUCGCUCAGUCUCUGCGUGGAGCCCGUUUCGCCGCCUAAGCCUUCCAAAAUACUGGGCAACUCUCUUUCGACAGUUACUCGAGUAUUUUGACAAAUAGAUGUAGCGUUAGGGUUAAGUCACAUGUGGUUUACAGAUUUGUAUGUUAUUCUUAGUGCUCAGGUAAUUAGGUAGUUGGUAUGUAUAUUUGUGUAAUGUUAUUUCAGCUUCAACUUUGACUUCUAUGUCUGAUGUUACAUGGAAAUCAUAGUUUGACGUUUCUUAGGAUAGGCAUAGGGUUGUGUAAGGCAUAGUGCAUAGGUUGGUCUAGUAUUUUAUAAAUAGAUUUAGGUUAAAUAGCGUAUACGCCCUAUGGCGAUACUCCUAUGUGCCUUGUUAAUCGGCCGUUGCGUAUCGACGCGCCGAUCCAACAGCCGGCACUAGAGCAACAGUCAUGUCGACUAGCUGUGAUCUUUCAAUGUGGUCAAGUGAAUUCAUUAUUUGAUCAGUUGUAUGAGAUCACCGUACAUUUCCAUAAAGUUCCAUACUCAGAACUUUGCUUUAUGUUACUAGGAAGAGUGUAGAGUUGCUACCGAUUUUGGUAAGUUUCCGGUGGGCACAGAAGAAUGAAAUCUGAUUAUGGGUGUGUGUUACAGCUUUGUUUUAACGAGACGUGAAAAAGAGUUGAAAAAAUCGCAAGAAGUGAGUUUCUGUCUACUAGUUUCGUUAAUUAUUCUGUACAUAUAUACGUACGCACACAUUUUUUCAAAUUGUCUCGGUUCAUGAUUUUCCUUACGAAUUUUGAAUUAAUUUUCCCUGUCUACCUAGGCCGUUCCAGUGUGCACUGAUUACUUCUAUGUCAGAUGUUACAUGGAAAUCAAAGUUAGAUCAAAACAUUUAAAAGUCCAGCAUUAGUACCCGGAGGUGAUACCCAACACCUGCUAAUAUGGUAAACAAGUAGGUAUUAAGUGGGAAAUUGAGAGAAACUACGGAGCAGCCAUAUAUAUCUACGUAAAUGGAAGUUCUUUUCUGAACAGCUAUCUGACUGCCCGCAGGGCACCUUGUGGCGAGGUGUCGGGGAGUGGCGACCCCGCGGACCCGACCGCUCCAGGGGGAAGUGCCCUUUCCUCAUCUCCGGCGCUCGGAGUGAACACUGACGAGGAGAGGUCCCCCGCCUCUGGCUUGCCGCUUGGCCGGCCAGAGGGGAGUCGCAAGAGCUACCAUCAAGCUCGGGGGUGGCAGUGUUGGCGCAAUACGCGGGGAAACCCGGGCCACACUGCACCACCCUUAGCCAUUCAGCCCCCGCCCACCUCUAAGGGGCUAUCCACCACCUUGGCGAGUCACCGUCUGCCAUUUUAUUUUUAAUUAAAUUUUGUUAUAUUUCAUUUUCAUUUUAGUUAUAAUAUCGCUUAUUUCAUUUCGAAAGGCAGACGCCAUAGCUUUCUGGAUAUUGAUUUAGCAACCUUUCCUCAUAGCCCUCAUAAUUUGAUUACAAUUAGGUUAAUUUUUGGCAUCACGUUAACGUCCGCCGCUGGCUGCUGGAGGCGUGCAGUGCAGCUUGCGGCUGAUGUUGCAGACAUCUCUCACGGCCUCUGCGUGCUGAGCCCGCUUCGCCACGCAAGGCUACCAAGAUACCGGGUACCUCUCUUAUGACAGUUACCCGAGUAUUUUGACGAAUAGAUGUAGCCUUAGUAUUAAGUUAUGUGUGUAAGUGUUUUAUAGAUUUUUAUGUCGUAUCGUAUAGGUAGGAUAUGUUUUAAAUAUUUAGGCAUAGACAAUGUAGUUAUUGCUAAGGAAGAGUAGGUAUGUAGUUAAUUGCAAGUAAACGUAAGUAAACAUAUGUCAUAGCGACUAUGUUUCUGUUCCCAUGAAGCAUCAUGGAACAAACUAAAUGAUAAUUAAACAAUUAUCAUCACCUAAGGUAAAGUGUUAAGUAAUAUUUACUUAUAUAGUGGGCAAUGUGCUAAGGUACGUCGAGUUUUUGAAAUAUCUCCUUUGGGCUGGUAGAGCUAAUAUCACAUUUUGGAACAUACACAAACAAGGUAGAGUUGCGGGUUGAUUUUUAAUGUAAAUAAUAUGUUUUCACAAUAUUAUAUUCAAAUGAUAUCUUUGUAUCGUACUCAAUAUGUGUUAUUCGUGUUAAUACAAAUAUAAUAUGGAUAAAUUGUAAUUUAAUAAUAAAACGUGUUUGGGUGUAUACGUCUUCAUGUAUUCCGUCUAAGUUUUGCAUUUAAAUUUCUAGUCAAAUGAUGUGUAUUAAUGUUUAAGUUUAGUUUUAUUUUAUAUUUUUACAUUUUCAGUUUCUUUUGAAACGGAUUUAUCUUCGUUAUUUUUGUAACGAAAAUAUUUCGGGCCUAAACUUAAAAAAAAUCUAAUUACAACUAUUGAUCGUUUUUUUUUUUAACGAAAUUAAAUUGACAUAACGGUUUUUACAUUACAUUUACAGUGCUUUAAAAAUUCUGAUCAAAUGUAAAUGGAUGUAAUGUAUACAGGAUCUUUAAACGAAAUGUAUAAUCCGAAUUUCUCAUACUUUAAAGUGAUAGUCUACGCACAUGGACUUACCUCGAUAUAACUUAUUUUGUUUUGUGUACGCGUGACCACUGCGCGUACGCAUUUAUAUAAGGGGGUUCUAUUGAUAUAUAUAUCCACUAUUAGACUUGCAUAUAUCUUGAAAUUCCAAAUUAUUUUUUUAUAUUCGCCUAAUUAUUACACUGGAGGGAUAUUUUUGUAUUAUGAUGAUGAGAUGUGCUUACAUAUUAUGGCGUGCGCGAUUUGGUAAACUGUGAAUCGUUAUUGAUGGCUAUGGUGGGAUAAUAGUAGUCGCUAGUCUAGAAUUUUCUAAUAAUUUUUGGUUUCGCAUGCCAGCUGCUAUGCUGUUGAUAACGAUUUUAAAGCCUCGUUCCUUAUUAGUCCACGAACAUGUUACAUUUUAAAGGGUUUAGCGUGCGUUUGUCGGAGGACGCGCUUUUGUUUGAUGGAUUUGUAGAGGUGGGAGGAGGGAGGUUAGUAGUAAUAUAUUUGUAUUAAAGUGGCAGCUGCGGAAGAAAAGUGGCAACCCGACAAAAUUGAAUAUAAGCUUCUGAUAAUCUCACCUAAGCUUCCAUUAAAUAAAAUUGAAUCCUCUGAUAAACGCAACCUACAAUUUAACUUUUCAAUCUACUAUAUUGAUAGGAUUAUUCAUAAAGUUGGAAUAAUCCUAUCAAUAUAGUCGAUUGAAAAAUUAAAUUGUAUCACAGAUAUUUAAAAAUACAAAAUUUUGUUUUAUUUCAUCUUUUUUUAAUAAAUAUUUCACUAUAUUAUGACACUUUUAAAUUACUAUAUGGGACGAGGCUGCAUGUUUACUCGCGUGGUGUUGUGAUAUUGUCGCCUUUGCGAAACAAGUGAUAUGAGGUGGUAAUUAAAGUCGAUUAGCGUAAUCACUAUAUUUUUUUAGCGUUUGGAAUAUAUAUGUCUGCAGUUAUUAAGGACGUGGCUACACGAGCGAAAUUUCCAAAUUAAUCCGAACAUAACGUUCGAAACGUUGAUGGUAUCCUCGCGUGUAUACAUGUCCUAAUAUAAUUUAUAAUUUGUCCUAUAUCGUAAUACUUUUCAGAUGCAUAUAUUUAUUUUAUAUUUUUAUUAAGCGUUUUCGGUUCAAGGGUUGUUUUUUUUUAUUUAUUAUUCUGUAAAGAUAAGUCAGUUGAAAGUUAUAGACUGCUAGUCUAAAGUUUUUGGAGAGUUUUACUAUUUCUAUGGAUGUACUCUAUUCUCUUAAGCGAUAUGUGUAAGUAAUGUAGGUAUUCUUUCUACGAUAAGCUCAAACACGCCACUUUGAUGUCUUUAGUUUGCUAAAUGCGGUAAAUACCGAUAGUCUUGAUACGUCCUAAUUUAGUUUUUCGAACCCGAAUUCUGUGAAAAAUAGGACAACCCGACGAAAUAUAUGAAACAUCGGGCAACUGACGUGCAUCCAUCAGUUAUUGAAUAGACCUAAUGAAUUGUUUUGCAUAACUAGCUUAUAUAUAGUAAUUUGGAAGCUGGUGAAUUUUGUUUGGCAAUAAUUAAUAUCAAAAUGAAAUAAGAAAUAGUGGCCGCAUCGAUUUCGCAAUUACCGUUUUGACGAUUACUGUACGCUUUGAUAACAGCGAAUGAAAUAUAUGAGACUAUUGGUAUGUACCGAUUUAUUCUACGUUGUACGUAAUCUUAAAUUUAAUUAAUAUAAUACUGUAAAUUUGCUUUAAGAGUUUACACGUUAACAUUGAUGUUAAGAAGGUUGUAAUUGGCAACAAAUAUGGAAGGAUACCGAUUAUAAUCUGAAAUGAAUAUUAUAAAAAUACUCGACCGAACGCAGAAAUAAACUAAAAACUAAUUUUGUUGUAUUGACUUUCAACACUAGGUACAGGAAUCGGUCUCCUUUCAUAACAAUUUAGUAUUUACCUAAAUGUAUUUUUGAGCUAAUAUAUAUGUACUACACAUUUCGUUUGCCGUUUAACCAUCUGUCUAUCGAAAUUUACUGGUCCUUAACUGAGUUAAUGAGAUAUUUUUGUUAUACUCAGCUUUUUUCAAUGAUUAGAAAGGCGCUUAAUGGACAGCCGGACAUGCUAUACCUACUUUUCUACACAAGGGCACGUAUAAUGCGGGGAUCAGAGAGGGAACAGUCCUGUGUAAUUGGAUCCAAACAGGCAGAUAAUGUAUUGUAAUUCGUAUGGCUUGCCUUACGCUCGGUGUUAAUAAUAAAUCUUUUAAUCUAAAAUCAUAAAUUACUCUAACCAUUCAUUUUCUAACCAAAGCUUGUCAAUAAUCGAAGCAUUGUUGAAGAGAUUGAUCCAAAAGUGUUAAAUCGAAGAUUGACGCUUCUUCUUGAUAAAAGAUGCGUUAUUAAUGUCGGGCGUUAGUCUAUCCUAUACUCUAUCUCAUUAUACCAGAAAUAUCUAUAAAAUAGAAACUAUAUUUUUAGACUAUCUAAGCAUUGAAAAAGGCAAUUUACCUUUAGAUCUAGUAAAUACGUAGUUAUAUAAGAAGAUUUAGACAAAAUUGAUCAUCUUAAUGUUUUUUGUCGGUUACCACUGUAGUUUGAUGAAAUAAAUAAAUA